AUGCCGCCUAGACUCGACGACGACCACCACGGUGAUCAAGGUGCAGGGGAGCCGGCGGCGGCAAUGCCGCUCUCGCCGCGUCAGUCUCGCGUCGUCGGUGCCCUGCUCGGGCUGCAUGCGGGCGAUGCCCUGGGGGCAACGCUCGAGUUUGAGACGCACGCGGCCGUCGCGGCGAGUCACCCGCGCGGCCUGCGCGACAUUGUCGGCGGCGGGCCCUUUCGCUGGCCGGCCGGGCACGCCACCGACGACACCGACAUGACGCGCGGCGUGCUCCUCGCGUACAGGGAUGCCGCCGCCGCCGCCGCCGCCGCCGCCGGGGACGCAGACGCGGACGUGGACGUUGCGAGACGCGCGGGGGACUACUUCGUGCGAUGGCUCCAGGGCGACUGGCCGGGCCGCGUGUUUGGGUCGCGGCCCGUGGACAUCGGGGCGGCGACCAUCAAAGGCCUGCUCCGGUACGUGGACUCGCAGGACCCGGACCGGGCGGGCGCGGGCCAGGGCGCGGCGGGCAACGGCAGCCUGAUGCGGUGCCUGCCGACGGGCCUGUUCCAGACGGACCCGGGGCGGCUCGUCGACGAGAGCCAGCGCAUCAGCCGCAUCACGCACGACGACCGGCGCUGCACCGUCGCUUGCGCCGCAUACAACACCAUCGUCGCGGAGCUGGUCCGGGGCGCGCCCGCCGACGACGCCGUGCGGGCCGGGGAGGCCGUGGCGGCGCGGCUCGAGGGCGACCACGGAGAUGGGAACGGGGAUGGAGACGGAGACGGAGACGGAGACGGCGGCGGCCCCGUCCUCGCGGCGCUCCGGCUGGGCAGGCGGCUCUCCGUGGCGGACAUGGCGGACCCUCGCGGCGGGGGCCCGCCGCCCGAGAUGCUGCCGGGCCGGUGCGGGGGCUACGUGCUCGAGACGCUGGCCGUGGGCGUUGCGGCGGUGCUGGACACGGGCCGCGGGCUCGAGGACGUGCUCGUCGACGUGGUGAGGCUGGGCAAGGACACGGACACGAACGCGGCUGUGGCCGGCGGGCUGCUGGGCGCGCGCGACGGCGAAGAGGCUGUGCCGCGGCGCUGGAGGGACAAGCUACAGUUUGCAGACGAGUUUAGAAGCAUCGCGCUGUCGUUGACGGCGGCGCCGUGA